AUGAAGCUCUCCCUCCCGCUCCUUGCUGGGCUUGCCCAGGCGCAGGAAACUUACAAAUCCGAACGCUUUGUAUAUGUUUUGGAGUCGCUGCCUGGAACUGGAAUCAUUGCAGGAUAUGAUACCUCUUACGGACGGUCACAAAUUUUAAACCUCAAUAUGAAACGACCAAUGGAAUUGAUGUACUUGAACGACAUCCGAGAACAGAUGCCUGCAAUUCUUGAUGUGAACGUUGAGGCUAUGGGAGAAAAUGGGCAAAUUGCUACCGCUCGACGAAUCAAUAAGUUUGUUUAUCGACACUUUUACCAACGGACUCUCGAUACAUUCAACUACUACUUGAUCAUGCAAGCCAUGUACCAGGGAGAUCUUGCCCAGGCAGAUGUCCAGGCUGCGAUCACUGCUGCUCUUGGAGUUAACGCAAAGUUCGAGGGCGACCCUUAUUACACCCAGGCUAUGGACCUCAACCCCGACUUUGCCUUCCGUGAACCUGGUCUUUACCACGAGUCCUGCCGAACUAGCGAGCAAGAAUGUCGAUACUUUGAUGUGAACACUCAAGGAUGUUAUGAAGCUUACCAGGGUGUUGUCGAUUUCGCUGACCAGACAUCGGUUGAUGAUGCCAAAGCCAACUUGACAAGCGUAUUCUCUAAUGAAUUUGAUGCCUUCUACGGUAAUACUACCUUCUUCCCCGGCUACGUUUCGAAGACCUUCGAAAUCACGGACUUGCAAGAAAUUGAUCAAACGGGCGGAGGCGCUAGUCUUAACUGGAGCUCUCAGAAGGCUGGCUCAGAUGCGGAUGUCCAGCUUCAAAUCGAUGGCGAGUAUAGCCGUCAGACUAGCCAAAACCUUUACAAGGUCUGUUUUAACUUGGACACUCGAUUUGAAGAAGUUGAAUUCGCCGAAAUUCGCCAUAUCAGUGAGUACCAGACGGACGCCGAACUCUUCAUGAAAUCGUUGACUUCUUACUCUCAAUCUGCUCAGACUGCGGACUAUUCUUACAAGUGCGAAGCUCCUGACUGCGAACCAAGUAUCAUUUUGAUAAUCAAGGCUACUGGCACUGAGCUAGUAAGCGGACACACAUUACAGUCGCUCGGUGGCCGAGUCUUUGAGAAGCAACUACGUACCAUGGAAAAGAAACAGAAAACCUGUUACCAGUCCGACGCCUCAUGUAAGAGAUACUUCGACGAAUGCCUCGAUAACGUUGAACAGUGUGGAAAAUACAUGGCCAAUAUUUCAAUGAGCUGCUAUCAUACGGAUGAAGUGCCUUGCAACCGAGAAAAUUGUGUUUCUGCACUUUCUGGAUUCUUUUUCGGAGGUCACGCUAAGCAAAACGGCUAUCGCUUCACGAAACCUCAUUUUGAAUGCUGCCCGACUGCCGAUUCUUGCAAAGGAAUGAAAGAUCAGUACUUACCAUGGCCCUGUCUGGAGAAAAACCACACCUUUUACUCGUGCAAUGAUGUUUACCACGACUGUUUAAGCGAUCGUAACUGCCGAGAAGCGUAUGUGAACUUGAACGUGGACUGUCCCAUCGAAAUAUUUUGGAAUAUGGAAUGUCCGGAAGACAUCAACGAGAAAUGCCUCAGCUCUUUAGAAACAACUCAAGGAUGGUAUUGCAGUUGCGACCCCGGAACACUUGAAAAAGAAGAAAAACUCAAGUGCAAAGUUCAACAGAGUAUUUUCACCCACAAUGAUUGUGUCUAUAAAAGCGGAUAUUCAGAUGGGAACACGUUAAAGUAUCAAAAAGACGGCAAGAUUUUCCUCAAGCUGGGCGGUGGCUUUUGCAUAUUUAUCAUCGUCUUCAUCUCAUUUUACGCCAUCACAGCGAAUAUCCUGCGCCACGAACGAGCACGGCGACGAAAGCAAAAAAUCAGUAGAAUUGCUAAAACACUGUCUCACAAUCGCAAUGCUGAUCAAGGACGUUUUGCAGCAGCGUCGGUUGAAUCCUUGGAGCUCAAAAAUAUUCUGUGA